AUGGACCGCAUCAUCGCAUCGUGCAUUUGUUACGGAAUCUUGCCACUUUGUAGGAUAUCGAGCCAGCCGCUGCAACGCGCGGAUUUUAAAAAUAUAGGAGCGCAAGCGCCGUUACGCAAAAAUCAACGCGACCGCAAUUUUCUUUCCCCACUUUCUCAAUCUCCGCAAUGCUUCGGCAACUCGCUCAUAGAUGGCGCGCCGACAAACGUCAAAUACGAUCAGAAAUUUACACCCCUAAAAACACAAAACAAAAUGGAAAACGACGCAGGAGAUUUCGUUGACUUGUACUGCCCAAGAAAAUGCUCUGCCAGCAACAGAAUCAUUCACGCCAAAGACCAUGCUUCGAUUCAGUUGAGCAUUGCCGAAGUUGACCCUCAAACUGGCAGAAUGACAGAAAACACCAAAAGCUACGCUUUGUGUGGGGCUAUCAGGCGUAUGGGAGAAUCAGAUGAUUGCAUCGUUAGGUUAACCAAAAAGGACGGAAUUAUUUCUAAAAAUGUCAUUUUCAAAGAAAAUUCUUCAAUUGUUGCGCAGGUAGCGCCACCUGUGGCAAUUACGUGCAACCAAAAUUCAAAACUUAAGACAAAUGCCGUCCAAAUAAGGAAGUUUUGUAAGAUGGCCGAAAGUAGUGGUUGUGUAGUGUUAAAUAACGUAAUUACGGACAAACAGAGCGGUGUAGUGCAACAAAAAGAUAAUGCGGAGGAAAAUAAAAGUGAACAAGAAAAUGAGCCAUCUACAGCUACAGCUCCUGAAGCUACAAGCUCAGGAACAACAGGACCUAUUUUGGACCCGCUUAAGUUAAAUGGAGAUGGUGGUACGUGCAGUGAGGAGUCAUCGAAUGCCGAUGCUAAAAAACAAAAUGGCUCAGCGUUUAGAACAAAUAGCUUGGGAAGCGGCGGCACCCGAACUCCACCUCUAGAAAGGAAAAGCCGGUUCUCGUUAGGAAAAUUACUGAAACCGUGGAAAUGGAAACGGAAAAAGAAGUCGGAUAAACUGGAAGCCGUCUCUAGAACGUUAGAAAGAAAAAUAUCAGUCCGAGCCAAUAGAGAUGAACUUGUCCUUAAAGGUAUACUGUUACCGGAGAGUCCUUUGUCACCAAUAAAAUCCGAGCCCGGUGAUUCCGUUCAGUGUGUGUUCGCGCCGAUAGGGGGCGGCGACGGCGGGCCGCGGCAGCAACAACAACAACAUCACCAACAACAGCAGCAGCAGCAGAUGCCGCAAGGCCCGCCGCCAGCCUACCCCUCGCUGCCGACGCCGCCCGUCGGCCACCGUGGCGGCGGCGGCGGCGGCGGCGAGCAGCAGCAACAGCCGCCCAUGAUGAUGAUGCACCAGCUGCUGCAGAACCCGCAGUUUGCGCAGGCCAACGCACAAGCUAAUGCCAACAACGCACUCAACAAUCAUACCGAGCCGAAAAAAGAUAAGACUGACGGGGCGCCUCAGAAUGGCGCUCUAUCUCCGAACGGAGAGACCCCGAUGCACGUGGGGCCGUUCCCGGGUGGCGGCGGUAUGGACGCGCCUAACGGCAAGCCGGAGCGGCCCAAUUCGUUGCAGGGGCACGGCAAGAUCACCAGACGGCUGCUCUGCUAUCACAGCGAACACUACGGCAGCGGCGUGGCCGUGCAGCAGGGGCCGCCCGGGUCGACGCCGCCCGCCACCGAGAAGCACCCGCACCACCACUACCAGCACUACCAGGGCGGCGGUCAGGGUCAGCCGCCGCACGGCGGCUACAUGCUCUCCGAGCUGCCUGAGCCGCCGAUACCGGUCAGCGAGAUCGGCCCCAUACCGCCGCCGCCCAUGUUCAGCUCGCCGUCGCCGCUCCCCAGGCGGCAGCAGUCGCCCAUGCCCAUGCAGAACCAGAUGGGAGACUACGAUUACGAAGAAAACGAAGACGACGACGACUACGAGCCCGAGUACGACGACGACCCCACCUACGUGUACCGCAUGCCGCAGCCGGACCCGAAAAUCGACACCAGCCGCAUAGACGAGAUCCCGGCCAAGGAGCCCAAGUUCAACGCGAAACCCCUCAAAUCGGCGCUGAAGAAGCGCGGCAGCGGCGGCAGCAGCGGCCCCGGCACCCCCACCCAGGAAAACCGCCCCCUGGGGGUUAGGCAGCAGGAGCACAACGCCAGCUUCAACACAAAGCAGACCAAAUUCGUAGGCAUAUCAUGCACCAAGGAAAACAAGGAAAACGCCCGGCCGUACGUUAUACAAGAGGACGGCAGCGACGACGAGGAUGGGCCCAUACAAUACAGAGACGAAAUUUCUCAGGAGCAGAAGCUGGCGCUGACGGCUGCGCGCAAGGAGAGCCUCAACUUGAAGCUGUCGCUGCGGCCGGACCGGCAAGAGUUGAUAAACAGGAACAUACUGCAGAUGCAGUCGGAGAACGAGAUCAAGGAGAGCCGCGAGGCGAUCGGCGCCAGGUUGAUCAGGAGGUUGAGCAUGCGGCCCACGCAGGAGGAGCUCGAGGACAGGAACAUCCUGAAAAAGCAAAGCCCCGCCGAGGAGAAAAAGCAGAAGGAGGAGAAGAAGCGCUACCUGCUGCGCAAGCUGAGCUUCCGGCCGACGGUCGAGGAGCUGAAGGAGAAGAAGAUCAUCCGGUUCAACGAUUACAUCGAGGUGACGCAGGCGCACGACUACGACCGUAGGGCGGACAAGCCGUGGACGAGGCUCACGCCCAGAGACAAGGCGGCCAUCCGCAAGGAACUCAACGAGUUCAAGAGCUCCGAGAUGGCCGUGCACGAGGACAGUCGACACUUGACCAGAUUCCAUAGGCCUUGACAAUUGCAAGGCUUACUUGAAGAAAAGCUAAACACUGUGAUGGCCGUAGCCGUAAUUAUCAACUUUCCCAUAAAAAUAAUCGCUUAAAAAUAAAAAAUGUUUUGAGCUCCGGCGGUCGCACGCCGACCGCCACCGAUGUGUAAUUGUUUUUGUAUAUAAGUGAUUUUUAUUACACAAAGUUUUUAUUAUUAUUAUCUAUUGAUUGAUUAAUAUGAUUAUUAUAUACAUAGCGAAUGAAUUGUUUUCCGUUGGAAAAAAUAAUUAAAAAACAAACAACUGUAUAUAAAAAAGAUACAUCACUGUAUUCUUGGAAGAUGAUCGGAAUUUUUAGAGGUAAUACGUGUUUUAUCUGCGGACCAGACAUUUUGGACCAUUUAAAAAAUAUCAGUUACUAGAAAACAGUAACUUUUACUUUUUAUCUUGGGGAGGUGCAAUUAUUUAUAAUAAAAAAAGUCCACUUUUUUUGGACUGUAAAAUUGUUGAAUAAUAAUGUAAAUAGUAUUGAUACUUCAAUAUUGACUUUGUUGCUCAAUAAAAUGUGAAAAAAAUCAACCAAAAAAUUGUUAAUUUUUUUGAUACUCAUUUUAAAAUUAAAGGCAAUAUUGAUUUAUUAUUUUUAGGAAAUUUUAAACUAACUGACGCUCUAAAAAUGCCGAUUCGCUUCUAUUUUAGAAAUUUUUUACUUUCUAUAAUUUUAGUGACUGAUCACUAAUAAUGUAAUGUUUCACAAUUUUAUGUAGUUUUUAAUGUUAUUUUAACUUGUAAUUAUUCUUUGUAAUUGUUGACCUACCCAGAUCACAACUUAUUUUAUAUAAUUUAUAAUGUUUGUUUUAUUUAUCAGAUGAAAAAUAGAUUGUUCAUUUUAACAUUUUCUUAUUUAAUAAACCUUACACUAUGAUUAAAACAGUAUUAAAAUUUUAAACAAAAUAAAAAUUCAAAUGGAUAAUGUUAAGUGAUAUUUUUAUUAAAAAGUCCUUUAGAUGAAACCAAACUGCUGUAAAUUAGAAGUCCCUAAUAUUAAUAGCAAAAAAAUAUAGUUUAUAAUUGAUUGGAGAGAAAAUAAUGAUGGCACUCUCCAAAAUAUUAUAAAGAGAAUAUUUUUUGGUAACUUUUAUCCUAUGGUAAUAAAUCGUUAGUAACAAAUUUGAGCUUGUAAAAAAUAGUUUCUCCUGCGCAAGUUACAAAAUACAUGUACACAAAAAAUAUUGUAUCCAUACUCAAUCGAUUUAUACAAAUUUUACUAAGAAGAAAUGUCUUCCAAAAUAAAUGAGACAUUGAA